CUGACCAAACGGGGACUCCAGUUGUCUGAAAAUAGACAGUACCUGCCGAGGCAACCACUUGUUCCUCGCGGCCCAGCCGGAGAUGCGUGGAAGAUGUCGGUGACGGGGCUGAAGGCCGAACUGAAGUUUUUGGAGUCCAUUUUUGAUCCAAACCACGAAAGGUUCAGGAUAAUUGAUUGGAAGCCCGACGAGUUGAGCUGCCAGUUUAACGUUACUGGGGAAAAGCUGCUAAUUAUCCACUGUAAUAUAACGGAGUCUUAUCCAUCUACGCCACCGAUAUGGUUUGUGGACUCCGAUGACCCAAGCUUAGCGCAAGUUUUGGAGAGGUUGGAGGAUGUCCGCAAAGGAAGCACUCUGCUUUUGCAGCAGCUGAAAAAACUCAUUUGUGACCUUUGUCGGCUGUACAACCUUCCACAACAUCCUGACGUGGAGAUGCUUGACCAGCCCCUGCCUGCAGGUCCUGUUGGACAGGACCGAAAGCAUGGAACAGAGGAGGUCACGUCCGAAGAGGAGGAAGAAGAGGAAAUGGGAGAGGACAUCGAAGACCUGGACCACUACGAAAUGAAAGAGGAGGAGCCCGUUGAUGGGAAGAAAUCUGAGGACGAUGGCAUCGAGAAAGAGAAUCUGGCAAUCCUGGAGAAGAUCCGAAAGAACCAGAGACAAGACCACUUGAAUGCAAGUGGAGCUGUGUCUGGUUCAGUGCAAGCCUCUGACCGCCUGAUGAAGGAGCUGAGAGAGAUCUAUAGGUCUCAGAGCUACAAGACAGGCAUCUACUCAGUGGAGCUGGUUAAUGAUAGCCUGUACGAGUGGCACGUCAAACUGAGGACGGUGGAUCCGGAUAGCCCUUUACACAGUGAUUUACAGGUCUUAAAGGAAAAGGAAGGAAUGGAUUACAUCUUACUAAAUUUCUCAUAUAAAGAUAAUUUCCCCUUUGAUCCACCAUUCGUCCGGGUUGUUUCACCGGUGCUUUCUGGAGGUUAUGUUCUUGGAGGGGGCGCCCUGUGCAUGGAACUUCUCACCAAGCAGGGUUGGAGCAGUGCCUAUUCCAUUGAGUCUGUCAUCAUGCAGAUCAAUGCCACUUUAGUCAAAGGAAAAGCCCGAGUGCAGUUUGGAGCCAAUAAAAACCAGUACAAUCUUGCCAGAGCACAGCAGUCCUACAAAUCCCUGGUUCAGAUCCAUGAAAAGAACGGCUGGUACACACCCCCUAAGGAGGACGGCUAG